AUGGCAGAUGAUACCGAUGACAGCGGCGGGGUGAUCCUCGAGGGCCCCUUUGACCCGGAUGCCCAGGCCACUGUGACCGAUUUCAUCGACUACACCGAGUACCUCCCUUCCGAUCUCAUUCGCUCGUUAACCCUGAUCCGUGGUCUGGAUGAGACGUACGUCGAGGCCACGCAGUCGGUGCAUCAACUUACCAAAGUAUAUGGGCAACUUCCCGAACUCCCGCCUGAUUCCCGCCCAAACCCCCAGGACCUUCGCGAGCAGAUUUCUGUGCAGUUGAACCGUGCCAUCAAUGCGCGUGAGGCGUCGUAUGCAGAGGCAAACAGACUACACGAAGUCGUUGACCGCCAUCAUGGUCGCCUAGGGAAUAUCAAAAAGAAGCUGUCAUUACUGCCCACGCCCCCAUCUCGCGAGCCCACCCCGGCACCCUUGUCUCCAGCAGCCGUGAAACGUUCACGAAGCGGUAGGAAAGCAGAUGAUGUCACGGCACGAAUUACACUCCGUGUAGACGGUCAAGGAUCUAACAGAAGUGGCCUGCCUAAAUCUAGGAGUCGCCGUACAGCCCUUGCCGGCCUCGACCCUGAUUCUCCAAUCGCUAGCACGGAGCACUCGGACAAUGACAUGCCAAAGGCUCGAUCGCGCCGUCCUGAGGGCCCAUCACCGAAAAAGGACAAGAAACGUGCCCGACCAUCGCGGCCUCCAGGCAUGGGAACCAAUGUGCACAGCUCCGUUGCUGGGAUUUCGACGAGUAACGCUUUGGCAUUGCUCAAGCCACCGCCAGAUGAUGCCAAAAUCGGCAGCGCAGACCUGCCGUGGCUUAGACUUACGGACUGGGAAAUGACGAAACUUCGCAAGAAGAUGAAGAAGAACGCCGUAUGGCAACCAAGCGAAAUUAUGAUCAACCGAGAACUCGCGAGAAACGGACGAGGCUGGGAAUGCUACCGGGCGGCCAAAGCGCAGGCCGAGGCGACCGGAGAGGAAUUUAUAGACUGUGAUGACAUCGAAAAUACCUAUGUACCGGGAAAGCUCACCCGCAAGACCGAGGCCACUGCUGAUACGUCUGCAGCAGAAGAGAUUAAGACUAGCAAUCGUGGAAUGAAACUGAAUGAGGCGAAAAGACUCAAACGGGAAACACUUGCUCGCGAAAAUGCUGCGUGGGCAGCAGUAGAAGCUGAGAUGGCGGCCAAGCGAUUGAGGGACAUUGGUUCUACUUUCAAAAGUCUAUUCCCGACGUCCCCGGAAUUGAACCAUGCAACUCCUGGCUUGCUAAGCUCUACGAUGCCCAACGGUACUCCUUCGACUCCCUCGGCGACCCAGAAAGCAAAGUCUCCUCGAAAAAGAAAAGCCGAAAAGACCCCGUCUACAGAACCUGCCCCGGCUCCUUCGAGUAUUCAGGCAAACAACCGCACUGCAUCUCCCAAGCCUCCGUCGAAGAGGCGGAAAAUCAGUCCAGCCCUUUUGGUGGAGGGAGCAGUCAUUGAAGGAUCCAUACCUCCUAUCACGGCUCCAUUAACAGUCUCUGAUACUGCAACCCCCGGAACCAGGCCAAACGAGAGGGCCAAGCCAAAGAGCUUCAAAGUGCCAUCGUCUAGUCCACCGCCUACGCGAUCCCGCUCAAUAGCUUCUCACACAUCAAUAUCGAACACGCCUUUUUCAAAUCCAAGCGUUGUCGCCAAAAAAACCAUCACAACACCCACACCUCCAAUAACUCGACCUCCAUCAAGACGUCGUUCUGCAGAGCCGACAGCAGCGGCGUUCAGCCGUGCAGCUUCUCGAGAACACCUUCGUCGCAAAAGCACAACCCCGGCAGCCAAGACGCCUGCUCCCGAAGCAGGGCUGGGAUCCCAUCUUGGACCAUCCGGCGGGAUCGUCCGGCGGAAAAAACGGCCUGCGCCUGGACCUAUAUCGGCGAACCACGAUGGCGGUGCUACGGUGACUCACGGCACUCGAAAGUUCAAGCCAAAGAAACGAGUGACGGGCCGGGACGACUUUCGAAUUGACGAGGACGGUGUACUGGAAAAGGUUGAUCCGAACGAGCCUCGAUACUGUUUGUGCAAGGAUGUUAGUUUCGGGACGAUGAUCAACUGCGAAAAUCCGGAUUGCGAGGGAGAGUGGUUCCAUUUAGAGUGCGUCAAUCUCAAGGAGCCGCCCAGUCGGCGAGCUACCUGGUACUGUCCUGAGUGCCGGGUCAAACUGAGAAAGGCGCCCGACGGCAUCGAAAGAAGUGUUGUACGGCGGUAG